AUGCAAGAAGUGGAAAAACUAUUGGAAACAACUUUGUCUUUUGAGAAACUCAUCGACUCUUCUCAUGAUUAUUACUCUCUUGACACUUUCUUGACAAAUUUCGGUAAAAUGCUGCAAGAAAAGACGAAUACAUACACGUUUAAGGAAUCUUACUUGACAGAUUCUGCUAGGAAACAGCAAGAAAAGAUGGACAAAGAGCCACUGACACCAGAGGCAGAUCAGCAUGACACCCUGGAGGACAAAGCCAACGAGAUGAUCACUGCUGCUAGUGAUGGUAGUAGGGGUGGCAGCGAUGAUGAUCUGGUUGCUUGGGCUAGGAGAGAACUCAGAAAAUCAGAUACAUUCAACGAUUCUAUGUCUUUGAGGAGGGAGAAAUCAAUGAGUCAGGACGAGUUGAAUCGACGAGCAGAAGAGUUUAUCAGAAAGUUUAAUUCUGAAAUAAGGCUUCAAAGGCAAGAAUCUAAACAGCGGUUCCGGGCAAUGGUUCGUGGUGGGGUUUAG